GGGUCGGUACAUGGCAGUCUGAGAGAUUAAUAAAUGCAGCUUUUGCGACGCAACAUGGCCUUCGGUUUCUCGCUGUUCCGUCCUUCUCUUGCAUUGAAAAUCUCCCCGGCAAUCACUUUGUGGACUGCGAAGUCUCAUCAUCGACAAGACUCGUUGCUUGUCGCGUCUUCUCGGUAUAUUCAUCUACGUGUGAGGUAAGAAGUCGUCAAGAUGACCGAUAUGAAGGGCGGACAUUUCGUCCAUGAUAAAACAGAGGCGCCCAAGUCCAACUUGGUCAUGCCCUUGUUCUCCCUCAAGGGACGCACUGCGAUUGUAUCCGGAGCCGGUGCUGGGAUUGGCCUCGCUAUCGCUCAUGCAUAUGCUGAAGCUGGGGCCAAUGUGGCUAUCUGGUAUAAUAGCAACAAGAAGGCUCUAGAAGAAGCCGCCGAUAUUGAGAAACAAUUUGGCGUCAAAUGCAAGGCCUACCCCGUCAACGUCCAAUCUUGGGAGGCUGUUCGAGAUGCCGUUAAUGAGAUCGUGAAAGAGUUCAAUGGCAGACUCGACGUGUUCGUUGCAAACUCUGGAAUUUGCUGGGAAGACGGGCCUUUCAUCGACGGUCCAAUUGAUCGUAUGCAAAAAGUAUUGGCCGUCAAUAUCGAUGGUACGUUCUACUGCGCAAGAGCUGCCGCGCUGCACUGGCGGAGGCAGAAGAAGCAGGGCACCACUGUCGAUGGCAAACGGUUGGAGAACUUCACUUACGGGAGCUUCAUCGCCACCGCGUCCAUGAGUGGAAGCAUUGUCAACGUGCCGCAGAUGCAGGCGACUUACAAUGCCUCCAAGGCAGCCAUCAUCCAUGGUUGCAGGUCCUUCGCAGUGGAAUGGGUUGGCUUCGCGAGAGCCAAUUCCGUCUCUCCUGGCUACAUGAAGACCGAGAUCACCAACUUUAUCGAUGCCGAGACUAAGGGGCAGUGGAAGGAUAAGAUCCCUAUGGGUAGAGAAGGACAGCCUGAAGAGCUAAAAGGCGCCUACCUUUACUUGGCCACCGAUGCUUCAUCAUACACGACGGGAACUGACCUCUUGGUAGAUGGGGGUUACUGCGCCGUGUAGUCAUCCGGGCAGUCGCUGAUGGAUUUUGGAGCAAACAAUCGUUAGCGGAUGAUUGGAUGACUGAGUUCACUUUAACCAAUUGAGCAAGGUCGAAUCUAGCGGCAACGGUGUCAUCUUUGUGUGUAUCAUGUUUGGACGGUUCAGUAGACUCUAAAGAGAUCAAGAAUAACUCAAGGCGUGAAUGAGUAAGGGGUAUCUUGUGGUACAUUUUGAAGACGUGCGUUCCAUUAUCCAAUUAGUGAUGGGGGGGUUUUGAACUUUGAAAUAGUCA